AUGGAGUGGUAUAAAGCAAAGCUGAUCGGCGUGGAUGACGUCUCCGAGGCCAGAGGAGACAAGAUGUGCCAGGAUUCCAUGAUGAAACUGAAGAAACUAUCGUGGAGUGUGGUUGCCCUGUGUGUUCACAACUGCGAUUUAAAGCAUGCUUGGUUGUUAGGGAUCUUCUGCUGCAUUAAUCCUGAAGACGUCGCCCUCUGGCUCUUGAUUCUCGAGGCCUUCAGCUCCACGAUGUCUGCAGAAGUGGAAAACAGCGCGCCCGUGGUUACAGAUCCGGCCAGUCCAAGCUCCAGCACCACUCCUCCCACCACACCGAGCACUCUGGCCAAGGCCUCACUCAAGAAGGAGAAAAAGAAAGCUCCAGAGAAAACAGACGAAUACCUGUUGGCCCGGUUCCAAGGGGAUGGAGUGAGGUAUAAAGCAAAGCUGAUCGGCGUGGAUGACGUCUCCGAGGCCAGAGGAGACAAGAUGUGCCAGGAUUCCAUGAUGAAACUGAAGGGCAUGGCUGUGGCUGCUCGCUCACAAGGGAAACACAAACAGAGAAUUUGGGUCAACAUUUCGAUGACAGGACUCAAAAUUAUUGAUGAAAAGUCUGGGGUGAUAGAGCAUGAGCAUGCUGUAAAUAAGAUCUCGUUCAUUGCCAGAGACGUGACAGAUAACAGAGCGUUUGGUUACGUCUGUGGAGCUGAGGGGCAGCACCAGUUUUUUGCUAUAAAAACAGCACAACAGGCUGAACCUCUCGUCAUCGAUCUGAAAGAUUUAUUUCAGGUGAUCUUCAACUUGAGGAAGAAGGAGGCUGAGGCUGCACAGCAGGCCGUAAAGGGCGACGGCAGCGCAGUCGUGGAGAAUGGAGAGGACUCCUUGUUGGGAAUAGGUGCUGGAAAAGCAGAUCAACCCGUGGAGCAGCCGGACCUCUUUGGUGACAUCACAACUCCACCAGACAUCCGGGUUCCAAACUCUACGUCAAGUGACCUUUUUGGAGAUGAUCUUUUUGCUGGUACUGUUCAGUCUGAAGGUUCCUCCACUGCAGGAAACCUCUUUAACAGUACUUCUGUCAACUCUACAAACUCCUCUUUAGCUGCUUUAGAAAAUCUUCAGUUGGGUCCACCUCCUACAAGUGCCAGUGCUGCCCCCGUGUGGGGAGCCCCCAGCACAGCACCAGUCUUAAACAUGCCAGGAGUCAUGCCUGGAGGCCCCAGACCUGUUUACCCACAGCCAUCUGCCUUCGGUGGGCUCCCCAUCCCCCCGUCUGCAUGGGGCCCCCAAAUGCCAGCUCAGUAUGCUCCACCUUUAUCUCCACCUCACCUCGCCUGGGCUCAACCUACUCCAACUAUGGCUCCAGGGUGGGGCCAUCCUCCCAGUAACCCCUUUCACGCUGGGCCUUUCUCUGCUGGGGCUGAGCAGCACGGACCGACUCGGCCCCCUCCCAGGCCACCUGUGAAGGAGCCUCCAAAGGUUGAAAAUAGCGCCUUCACGGCUUUGGAUCCACUCGGGGAUAAAGAAAAGAAGAUGGGAAAGGACAUGUUCAAAGACUUCAAGAUCGCCAAGCCACCGGCCAUUCCAGCAAGAAAAGGAGAACAGGGGUCAAACGCUGGGAGUAAAGAAGACGGAGCAUUUGACCAGUACUUCUCCAGUAAAGUGGGCGUGGCUCAGGAAACAGCUGAUCACGACGACUUUGACAUACAUCAGAUCUCAGCAGCCCCUAAUGGAACGCCGAAACCAGCGGGCGCCAUGGUCCCAGGACUUAUGGAUGCUUUUUCUCCAAUUCCAGCACAAACCCAAAGCAUCAGCCAGAACAUGUUCGAUGAUGCUUUUGGAGUCUCAACAUCAAGUUCAACUCUACCACCAGUGAUGAACCCUUCAUUUGGCCAAAGUUCUGAUAUUAUAAAAAUACUAUGGGAGCCCAAAUUGAGCACCAUCGGGCGGACAGGUGCAUCUCAGGGAACCCCCCCAUCAAACGAAGACUCUGCUAAAGCCAACAUUGAAGCAGAGACUCCUGUUUCUGCGACUGACACUAAACUUGCGGAUGAACCGAUUAAGCAAACCCCAGGAGAUUCAAAUGAGCAGCAUGGAGAAACUGCUGCUGCAUCUGCAAUUCAGAGGAGAAAGAGGUUUUCUGUCAAGCCUAAAGUCCUACCAGGUCGUCCCUCUGCUCUCCCACGAACUCCCAAGUCUCCAAUCAAACCCACACUUCCACCCGUCAAGUCUCCAGCUCCAGUCAUCGACAAAGCAGACGCCGCGAUUGAGGAAAACUCCACCGCACCUCAGCAAGAAAUAUUACCCUCGGAAGAUUCCAGAUUGCCUACAACGAACGAUGUGUUGCCACUUGAAGGCUCAGGCAAAAACGUGCACAAACCUGAUGAAACUGUCAAUAUACAGCCAUGUAACAAAGGGAAAGAAAUCUCUCCUAAAACAGCAUCAGUCCCACGUUCUAUUCCCGACAGAGAAGCUAUUGAAAUAUCAGAGAAAGCCAAAACUCUCAUGUCUAAAGCCAAUCUGGCAGCGUCCUCCCAGCAGUUUUCCUUGAGUCAACUCCUCAAUGACAAGUCUGAUUUGGUGAGGUUGGAAAAGGCACGGAAACUCAGACAACUGCUGAAACAAGAGAUGCUGAAAGGGAAAACGAAAAAGGCCAAAUCAAAUGUAAAGGAGCAUUGUUUAGAUCCCUCCAAGAUGACCAUGCGGGACCUUAUCCGUUAUCUCCCAACAGCCAACCCCAUGUCAACAUCUUUAGAAUCCCAGCAGGAAAAUGAGACUGUCCUCCCUCCAUCACCUGCAAGAGAAGCGUCACCAGAGAGGGCACAGGAGGCCGAAGUCCAGCCCAAGAAGUUCAGUCCUUCUCUGCCAGAACCGAUGGACGACGCUUCAGCUGCUGGAGAGGAGCAGCAGCAGCAGGAGGAGGAGGCGGAGGAGGAGGCGGAGGAGGAAGAGGACGGGGAGGAUGAAGAUGCAGUCAUGGUCCCUCAGGUCAAAGUGGCAGAGGACGGCUCCCUUAUCAUCGAUGAGGAAAGCUUGACGGUGGAGGUCCAGAGAAUGAAAGGUCCAAAUACAAUUCAAGACCGAGAUCCGAUUUUUGAACGAGGCUCCACCACAACUUAUUCAAGCUUCAGAAAAGGGACCCACACGAAGCCCUGGUCGACGGAAGAGACCGACAUGUUCUUUUUAGCCAUCAACAUGGUGGGCACUGAUUUUAGCAUGAUCUGUCAACUCUUUCCUCACAGAGCACGAACGGAAAUUAAGAACAAAUUUAAAAAGGAGGAACGGCACAAUGCUUGGAGGAUUGACAAAGCCUUCAGAGAGAGACGUAGACUGGAUCUGGAGUAUUUCAAGAAAUUGCUACAGAAGAUUAUUGAAUAUCAGGAGAGUAAAAAGAAAUUAAAGGCAAUAAGCGAAAAAGAAAAAGCGCCUAGAAAACGUAAAAGAAAAUCAGGUAAAAAGGAGACCAUCAGUCUGAGUGACGUGGAGGAGGAAGCUGAGGAUAUUUCCAACGAAGAGCAGGAAGGAGAGAAGGAGAACCUCUAUUCAAAAGCGGAGAAGAAGAAAAGGAAAAACAUGCCAGAUGACGAGGCGAUACCUGCGGAAAUACAACAAGAGGACGUUGAAACACCAGAGUCUGACAAGAGCACAGAAGCCACACUCCUUGGUCACAAAGCUCGAAAAGCACCCAAGUCCAAAGCUAUACUUUCGGAUAAAGGAGAGAGCAAGAGUGAUGAAACGGUCGAGGCCCAGAUCAUUGUGCAUUCACCAAAAACUAGAGAGAGACUGUCGGACAAUGAUUCAGAUCAAGAGGUUACAGUGUUGAACUCAAAACCAACAAGAUCUGGGAGAAUCUCCAAACCCGUGCAGUCCCUAAACUACCCGGCGAAAGAAGACCGACACUCCUCCGCAUCCGACGGCACCUUGACCUCCCCCGGACGCGACGCCGCAUCCAAACGCAAAAGCAAAACCCAAGGGAAGAGAAGAACGGCGCAGAAACAAGCGACGAAAGAAUCGAAGAAGCCCACGCUGAUCACCCUCCGGGCCUCGCAGUCGGAAGAAAGUGACGACGACGAAGAGGAAGCUCACGCCCCGCACUGGGACGAAGAGAACAGUAAAGACGCCUUCGUGCCGGCCAGUCUGUGCUCUCCCAAACCCGUGGUGGGAGACGUGGAGGAGACGAUGGAGGAGCUGUUGCCCCAUGACAUGCCUGACGUGUUGGGCAUGUCCACCAACGCCCUGUUCCCUGACGAGCUCGAGCCCAAUGAAAGUGGCUCUCUUGAACCCUGUGAGCACCAGCUGGAUCUCCUCGUCGAUGUCAUAGACUUCCUUUCAGAACAUACAGAAGCCUCUGAGGAUGAGGCGGCUCAGACUUUGCUGGCCAUAGGAAAUUUAUCUAAUGUGCCCCAGCUGACAGACAGGCAGGCAUCGGAGUUGGAUCACACAUCAAACAUUGAAAGCAGUAUUUCUAUUGAUGUUGAUGAUACAUCCAUUUCCUUUCAACUUGAAGAAUACAAUGAGAGUUUGCAGCCUUCAACCGUUGAAAUAAGCCAAACUGCAGAGUUUCCAGCCCCUCAUACUUCUAAUAAAUCUGAAGAGGAAUCAUGUAGCACACAAGAGAAGUCGCCUCCUCCCAAGAAAGGAAGUGAAGCCCAGCCAGCCCCAGUGUCCGUCUCAGAAUCUGUGCUGGUAUCUCGCAAAGACUCAAAGAAACAAACAGACCCUGGAUCUAACAGCGGCAGUGAGACAGAUUUGGGCCACGUAAAAGAAAAAUGUGCUGUUACUCCAUCUGCCCAAUGCGUAGAGACACAGCAAGAGCCAGUCAAAGCGGUCGGCGAAACAAUGAAAGCCCCUGAACUCGGAAACAAGAACUUGACCCAAACUGAUCGUUCUUCAGAAGAGGAGAAAACAGACAAGCCUGCUCCACAGUCAAAGCCGGACUCUGAAAGCUCCAAACUCGGCGCGGUUCAAAGAAGGCGGUGGAUUCCGAAGGUCAAGCCCAAAUUGGUGUCAUUGCCUCGCACCACAAAGUCGAAAGUGGGGGCGCAGGAUAACAGCCUCCCGAUCGGCGAGCUUGUAGAACCCACAUCCACGACAUCUCACUCAGCAUCUUCAAAACCAGAUACAGAAACGGGAAUCAAAGACGCAGUAGAGGCUCAACAAGCUUCAUGUAGUUUGAACUCAACAACUACAGAUCUCAUCUCACCUGCUUUGCCCGAGUCCAUUUCAACACCAGAGGAACUAAAGAGCUUUUCUGUGAAUUUUCAAAUGGUCGACAAGAUUACCGAAGCAUGUGGCUCAAAUCAGACAAGCGUGGAGAGCUGCCAGCUUGUUCAACGUUCUCCAAGUGAUUCAGUCAACGUGCAUCAAGCUGAGGGCAACACUUAUGAAAAUCAAGGCAUUUCUCAAAGUCGUGAUUCCGAGCCUCCUGAGCCCCAAAACACUGAGGCUGCAGCUGCAUCGAAAACCUUUGAUUACCAACAUGUAUUCGCAGACAUGCUCCCAGAUCAGGUCCCCUCUGAUCCCGACGAGCCAUUUUUCAUCCUCUCUCUGACGGAGAUACCGUUCUGUCCAUCAGGGGGAGCUAUGGAGGCACAGCAGAGAAAUCCUGUCGAGCCGGUGCUGCCGCCCGCAACUGGUGUUAACGUCUCGCUCUCUGACAUCUACAUUCCAACGCCAGAGAAAGCCGCUCUUGGAUCUGACCUCAUUCGUGUAGAGGAAUAUCUCCCAUCAGCACCUUUUGUUGACAUAAGCAUACUGGAAGAGCCUCAAGCAAACCCAUCCAGAAGAACAUUGAUUUUAGCAGAAGCUGAGGACAACAGUAAAGAUAAUAUAGCUGAGGCUUCACUAACAGAGAGCCACCCUCCAGUCAAAGGUCUUAGUGAGACAAAAUUAACUGGGAAGGCAGCUGCCAAAGAAGUCAAUGAGUGUUCAGAUAACGCUAAAGAUGUCCCAGAAACCACAGCACAUGAAGAAAGCCCAUCGCUCACCAGUGAAACAAAGAGGAAGCCUUCUGAGACUAAGGGGAGGAAGCGACAAACCAGAAAUACAAAAGCCACACGUGAACUUCAAAAGGAACAUUCUGAAACACAGUCUUCAAAAACAAUGACGUCGAGUUCAAUUAAAGAUCAGCUCACCUGUUUUUCAUCUGAGUCCAGUGACUUGAUAGAGCUGGAGGAGGGGCCCACAAAUGUCUCGGAGUCUUUCUUCAGCAACGUUUUUACAACAGUGGACGAAGCUAAUCCUAGAUCCACAACUAAGGACAGCGCCGGCCCUGAGAAAUCACAAAGUAAACCUGUAGAGACAAAGGCCACCAGAAAGAAACAAAGAAAAGUAGAUUCGUCCAUUGAAUCUUCGACUGGACGGAAAGACUCUCUCACAGAAGACAGUACAGCUUUGGCAUCAUCGAAUUUACAAGAAAAUCAAACUUCUUUACCCAAAAGAGCGAUUGGUUCCAGCAAAAAGGAUAAUGCUCCAGGGAAAAGAACUGGAAAAAGCAAAUCUUCAAUUGAAGUUGCAAGUUCACGGUUUCAAAGAACGCGUGUGUCCGUCAAAUCAACUGAUGCACUUUCCCUGGACCCUCUGCCUUCAUCCAGCAGCACCGUUGCCAUGCCGACACAAGAGUCGAACCAACAAAGCAGCAAAUGCAGCAGCUCUGAGCCUCAAGUCUCUCAACAAAGCGACUCUUUUGACGGCAGCCUUUCGGAAGAAGCGCCAACCAACGUGACGCAGUUUUUCAUCGGGGAUAUUUUCACAGAAGUGACGAAUGACGAUGGUCCGGCCGCUGAACUGGAAGCUCAAGCUGCAGAGACUAUGAAGACCGAGAGAUUCAAACCUGCAAACGAAAUCGCAAAAGCUUCAGAUGAUUCCUUGACGCCUGAUCCCAGCAAAUCAAAGGCUAAAAAGACCAGAGGGAAAGGAUCAAAGAAAACAAACAAAUCGACCAGCUCCGAAGCACAACCUCAGGACCAUCCCCUGACUUUGUGCGGCGCUCCGAAGAUUUCAGGGUCUAAAAAUGCCUCGUCGGUGAGCACCCUGUCGGACAAAGAGCCCACCCCUGUGUCUCAGCCUCUUGCAGCGCCUGAUCCCAGCAAAUCAAAGGCUAAAAAGACCAGAGGGAAAGGAUCAAAGAAAACAAACAAAUCGACCAGCUCCGAAGCACAACCUCAGGACCAUCCCCUGACUUUGUGCGGCGCUCCGAAGAUUUCAGGGUCUAAAAAUGCCUCGUCGGUGAGCACCCUGUCGGACAAAGAGCCCACCCCUGUGUCUCAGCCUCUUGCAGGUGCCUCUCUCACAGAGGUGGAAAAAACGCAAGCUCAAACGACACAGGGAAAAUCGAGGCAGAAAAGAAAAACGAGAGCUUCAAGUGGUCUACCGUCUUUGGAGCCAAGCGUGUCGACCGAAGAGCAACCUUCCCAACAAACAGAACCACAGUCGGAGAGCAAAGGAACAAGAGGAAAACAACGGAAUAAGAAACCCACUGUUGGAACCACAGCCAGAAGGUCACGGCCUCAAAGUAAAAGUAUGGCAGAACUUGCACCUCCUCAAACGUCCACCUCAGGAGAACCUCUGCUUCCAAUCCCGGAUCAAAGCAACGCAAACGAAGGCUUUGACGACGAACCAAUCAGUGUCUCACAGUAUUUUCUAACUGACGUUUUCACAGAAGUGGACGACAAGUUGUAG